CAAAACAAGUUAGUUCCUGUUAUCGCUUAUAUUAUUAGAGCUACACACAGCAGGUCGCUCAGUUCUCUGGAAGUUCUUAAGAACGUACUGAGAACCGGCAAAACACAACAUCCUCUCUCUAUUCUGAAGAUUUUCCCAUGGCAGAAACCUAAAAGUACAGCCUCAACUCUGACCAUCACCAUUACAAAGUGCUGACACUGGAUACUCUUUACAUUGAUUUUUUAUUUAUUUAUUUAUUUAUUUAUUUUAAAACAAAUGUCUCCUUAUAGAAUUCUUCACCCGAUCAAACAAUUAUAUAUGCUCCUUGUUUUCCUUUCCUUUUCCUUACAGGUUUAUUAAUCUGGUUAUAUUUUUUUAUUGGGCUUAUGUGGAUAGUUCACCAUACACCUGCUUGUGAAUUAUAGUAUUGCUUUACUGUAGAAACUCUAACAUAUUACAACUGACAUUAUUGUCAGAGCUGUUAUUCUAGAAAAUUAAUCAACACAUUCUGACCAAUCAGAUUCGAGAAUUCAUAUAACAACUCAUUAAUCCCUUCUAGGAAGUUAAUAUAUAGGCCUAAUUAUGGCACAGAGCCAUAAUUUCAGAUCAAAGCUGCACAAACGUUUAACUUGCAUCUUGCAUAUGUUUUUUUUUUUUUUUUUCUGGAGUGCUUUUGUAUUGUUUUUUUAUUAUUAUAUAUAUAUUUAUUUAUUUUUAUUUAUUUUAUUUUUUUUUUGGAUUGAGCUACUUUGGGUACAAAGAGUACUUCUGUUGAAAGUGUAUUAUUAAAUCUUUAAACAUUACAAUUACAAAUCCACACAUAUAGAAAAGAUAUUCAAAGAAGUCAAAAACUAUUUAAACCCUUUCAACAUAAACAUCAAAACAGCCCCAUGAAUGCACAUGUGCCUCUGUUGGUUACAGUAAAUAAUAAAGUCCUCCGGAACACAAGGGGGCACCAGUGCGCCUGGCUCGCUUGUGUGAGCAAGAGAACAAAAGACGGCUGUAUUUCAAAUACCUUCUUGUUGAAUACAUAGUGCGCUUUGUUUGGUGUAUUUCAUUGUUUCAUCCCCUGCGUAGUGCGCUUAUAGAGAGAGCAGUUAGCUGUUUGGAAUUUGCCCGACAUUUGCCGCUAAGAGGUCGUCACGGUGUCGUAAAAUUGUCGCACAUAUAUAGGUGUCCCGGCGCUAAGUUAUGUAAACACGCGAUACUUAGGAAUGGCCAGGAGAGUUAAAAUGUGAAAAAUAUUUAGUUAUAUUCAUAUUUAUCCAUGUUUCUGGUGUAGAAGUGAAGAUGGCAUCCUUCAGCAGAGACGAGAUGAAUCAUUUGCUGAUGGAGGUGAGUCCUGACAUCCAUAUCUGUGGCUUCUGCAAGCAGCAGUACAACAACUAUGAGGUGUUUCUUGCACACAAGCAGAGUGGCUGUCAGCUUCAUACCACAGACAUCUCAGUCACAAGUACUGGAGCUGCUGAAGCUGUGCAAGAGUUUCCUUUGGAGGAGGCAUUGCAGACCUGUGUGUCAAAGGCCGUGAAGAAGACGGUAAAAACCCAGAAACCAGCCUCCAAAAAGCUGAAACCUGCACUCACCCAAAAGCGACGCAUUUGCAGCUUCUCGGGUUGUACAUUCAAAACCCAGUAUGGCCAGAAGGACAUGGAAAGGCACAUGCUAACUCAUACCGGCGACAGGCCGUUUGAGUGUGAACUGUGCCACAAACGCUUCAGCCGGCGGGACAAGCUGAACCUGCACAGCCGCUCACACACCGGGGAAAAGCCACACAAGUGCAAGCACUGCACAUACGCCGCCACAGACAGCAGCAGCCUGAAAAAGCACCUGCGUGUGCACUACGACGAGAGGCCCUUCAAGUGCCAGAUCUGCCCAUACGCCAGCCGCAACUCCAGCCAACUCACCGUGCACCUGCGCUCACACACAGGUGAUGCCCCAUUCCAGUGCGGUGAGUGUGGUGCCAAAUUCAAAAUCAACUCGGACUUGAAGCGUCACACACGUGUGCACUCGGGUGAGAAGCCGUAUGCGUGCGAGCUGUGCGAUUACCGCUGUGCCAUGAAGGCCAACCUGAAAUCGCAUGCCCGGCUGCGCCAUGGUGCCUACGCCUGCUCAGAAUGUGACUUCCAGUGCACAGCCAAGGCGGCACUGCGUGCACACUCCCGCCAGCACGCACCCGCCCGUCCCCUACGCUGCAGCUGCUGCCCAUACUCCUGCACGAGCAAGGGGGCACUCAAGAGACACGAGCGUGUGCACUCGGAUGAGCGCCCGUUCACCUGUCACCGCUGCCCCUUCGCCAGCAAACAGCGUGCCAACCUGCUCGUCCACAUGAGGAAGUGCCAUGGUGAGAAAGUUCUAGAGGGGCUCAGCAAAAGUGCCAAACGUGGAAAAGCAGGAGAUGAGUCACCCAAUCCUGCAGGUUCACGGUACCGGGUGAGGCUCGAAGCAGCGCGGGCGUUCCGCUGCAACCUGUGCGAGGCGUCGUUUGUGAGAGAAGAUUCGUUGCGAAGUCAUAAGAGGCAACAUAAUAACACAGAAAAACAGCUCAGACUCGCACAGACACAAAAUAGUGCUGCAAAACCAACAGAUAAAGGGCCCGAGCAGGUUUCGUUGACGCUCCCAAACGGGUCGGUUCCUUCCUAUGGAAACGCGCAGCUCAAGAUCUUUGUAGCGCCUCCUCUAGGUCAGGAAGGAACGUACAUCCAGGCAGCAGUGGACGUCCCGUCUUCUAAACCUGGAACAGUUCUGCUUAGUUCAGAAGGCCAGAAUGUAAUUCUCAACCCUAUCAUACAGCAGGUUAGCCUGUUAACCCCAGUGCAACACAUGACCCCACCAGAAGGCAGCCUCGAGCACCAGACCGUCUUACUAACUCACAUCAGUGGCAGUGAAGAAAACCCUCUACUGCAGACAAAUGUUUCUUCUCAAACCCCGAUAGAGACUCAGACCUUUAUCAGUUCCACUUCAUCUUCAGAAAGCAGCCACGCGUUCAUCACGGCAUGCUCGGACCUUGACAGCCUGCACGCCCUCAUCCAGCAGGGCGGCGCUGAGGUCACUGUGGUCACCGAGGGCCACGCCUCCAUCACUACAGCAGCGACAGCACGCUCCACCUUCGACUCUCCACUGGACGUUGAAAGGCCACCAUCUGAGGAUGACCUGAAGCAGUCAGGGGAGGGGAAUCCAGCUCUGGACGAUGGUUUGGUUGUGCCUGAUAUAAACAUUGAGCCGUCUAGUUCCCUUCUUGUACACAAUGUUACCUUGUCAAUCUCGGAGCAGGAUCAGCAGGCACCCAUCUACCAGCUCUCACCCCAUCAGAUCUUCUCCGACUCUAAUCCACCAGACAGGAUUGAGGACUGAGCAAGAACAUUUCUGUUUCAUAACUUCUGAGAUUUGUUUGAUAUGUUUAUGUUUAACAGAGAUAUUUUUAUACUCAUUCAUGGCAUGCUGCUUGUCUAGAGCUCUUGUAAGUACAUACAAUGAUUACAGAAUGUACAAAUUGAGGUGGGGGGGGGUUCUGAAAGAGUAAAAUUGUGUAAUCCUUAAUUUUCUUGUUUACUCGUCUAAAAUGGUUCCAACCGAUACAGUAUUUUUCUGACCAGCAGGCAGGUGCUAAUCCGUAUACCGUAUAUAAUCACUGGUCACUUUAAUCGGAACGUCUGUAGCCCUGCUCAUUCAUGCAAUUAUAAUUAUCAGCCAAUCAUGUGGCAAGAAUGCAAUGGAUAAAAUCAUGCAGG